GUUUGGUUUUUGAAAAAUCUUACUAAAGUUUUUGAUUUGUGUUAUAUUUUGUUAAAAUUUCAGAAGUUGAAAUAACUGAUUGGCGAACCGAAUUGAAGUAAAACCAACUUUUUCUGCUAAUUUACCAAAUCAAACCGAAUGAUUAACCAAACUAACCAAAAAAAUUUGGAGGUUCGGUUCAAAAUCUCAGCCCAUUCAUCAUUGCUUACUGUAGGCUGUAGCAAGCAAAUUGCUGAAAAAUAUAAACCGAACUAGACCAAAAAAACUAAUCUGUAAGAUGAACAGAAGGCCACACCUUUGUUUAGUUUGCUACGAGAAGCAGAAGUAGAGAUGCCGUCGGGGAAAUACUACUGCGACUACUGCGAGAAGGAGUUUCAAGACACACAAGUCGCUAGAAAACGACAUCUUCAGAGCAAUCCUCAUCUUCGAGCUAAAUCACUUUGGUACAGCAGCUCUGCCCCCUCAGAUGUUAACAAUCCACAAGUCUCUAGCUUUGUGCCAAGAGGUCUCUGCAAUCGAUUCGUUUCAUCGGGUCUUUGCAGAACUUUUGCCCGUUCGGAGAUUCUUGCAGAUACUUACACCCUAACAACAUUCCAGGAAACACAGGUAGGAUACACCAAUAAUAACAAUACACAAUCUCUUGCUGGCUUGCCUAACCAACACAUCCAAGGAAGUAGUUUAAACCGUGAUUUCUUUAGCGGGAGAGGAGAAGGAACCGGUUGGUUUGAUCUUCCACCUUCUCUGAGACCGCCUCCUGAGCAAGGCUAUCAUCCUCAACUUCCCUCCAUUGACUGGGGAUAGAAGUGUUUUUUUUUCUCUCUCUGCAUAGUAAUUGCUAAGAUGUAACCUUGAACUUUUUCAACAUUUUACCCCAUUUCUGAUAGAAAAAAAGGCAGUUGAAUUUCA